AUGCCCGACGACAUCGAGCAGGGCUACAACAAGGGCACUAUCAAAGCCCACGAUGUACUCGAAGAUUUCCAAUCAUCCAAAGCCUCAAUCGAAGUAGGACAGGAGCAUCUCGCAGGCGUCACUCCACCCCACGAAUCCUUCGAAGGAUACCACCGCUUCGAUCCAACAGCAACAUGGACACCCCAAGAAGAGAGGAAACUCGUCUUCAAAACAGACUUGAUGCUUCUAAGCUGGAUAUGCUUCAUGUUCUUCGGCCUCCAACUCGACCGCGGCAACCUCUCCAACGCACUCACAGACCACUUCCUAGCAGACCUAAACAUGACCACAGACGACUACAACAACGGCUCAACAAUCCAACUCGUCUGCUUCCUCGCCGCAGAAUUCCCCGUCCAGCUUCUGAUCAAAAGAUUCGGCUUCAAGCGCGUCCUGCCCGUCAUGAUGCUCGCUUGGAGUUUGGUUUCCUGGACGCAGGCGUGGAUGACCAGCCGGGCGUCGUUCUACGUGACGAGAGCGCUUAUUGGUGCCUUCGAGGGAGGGUUUAUCCCUGGUACGAUUCUCUUCGCGACUUAUUUCUAUAAGACGAAGGAGUUGUCGGUGAGAUUGGCGUUCUUUUGGUCGACGUUGAAUGUUGCUCGCAUCGUUUCUUCCCUGCUGGCUGCUGGUAUUCUGCAGAUGCGCGGCGUCGAGGGAAAGUCGGGCUGGUUCUGGCUUUUCUUGAUCGAUGGGUUGCUUACGUUUGUUAUUGGGUUGGUUAGUCUCUUCUACCUUCCCAGUUCCCCAACGAAUACCAAGAGUGUUCUGUUCCCCCGGCCGUGGUAUUCUGAGCGCGAAGAGGUAAUCAUGAUUAACCGCCUCCUCCGCGACGACCCCUCCAAAGGCCUAACGCACAUCAACGAGCGCGCCACACUACACGACAUCUUCGAAGCAUGGAAAGACCCCUCAAUGUGGGGACUCUACUUCAUCGGACUAGUAGCCUAUAUUCCUCAAAGUCCCGUGCAGUCCUACCUCUCGCUCACCCUGACUCGUCUUGGCUUUGACACCUUCGACGCAAACAUGCUGUCGAUCCCGUCCGCCGCGUUACAAAUCAUUCUCAUGCUUGCCGUUUCCAAAAGCAGUGAUAUCUUUGGCGAGCGGACGUUCCAUUGCUUCUUCGGCGAGUUUUGGUCCCUGCCGCUGCUGGCAGCUUUGGUUGCGCUGCCGAAUUAUGGGUAUAACUGGGCGCGGUUUGCCGUUUCGACGAUGAUUUCCGGGUAUCCGUAUUUUCAUCCGAUUGUGUCCGCCUGGAUUUCCGAGAAUACGUUCGAUGUGAAGAAGAGAGCGAUUACGGCGGCGACGUAUAAUGUGAUUGUGCAGAUUGGGUCCAUCAUUUCUUCGCGUGAGUGUUUUGGCCCGAUCUAUCGGACGAGUGAUUCGCCGUAUUAUUACACUGGUAAUAAGGUGCUAAUUGCUCUGUGCGUGCUCUCGUUGGCGGUGUUUGUCGCCCAACGUGAAUUCUUGCGGCAUCUGAACAGACAAAAGGAGAGGAAAUGGCAAGCCAUGUCUCCCGAGGAGCGGGUUUUAUACCAAUCUGACAAGGAAGAACGAGAAAAGGAAGGAAAUAAGCGACUAGACUUCCGCUUCAAGUACUGA